GAGCGUUAAUCAAAUAAAUAUUUAGGCGCCAUUGUGGGUCCAAAUGUGCUUGUGUUUGAAGGCUUUCUUCAUCGUCGUUCAUAUUUUCUCUCACUCUAACUGCUAUAUACAGCGAGGUUUGGAAGAUCCAUACGCUGAAACACCUAAAUGUGAACCUAUACGUAUAAAGGCUUGCCAGGAUCUACCAUACAACAUCACUAUAUUCCCAAAUGAUAUGGGGCACGCUACUCAAGAUGAUGCCGCCCAGGAAAUCGGUCAAUAUACACCAUUAGUUCGAACUACUUGCAGUUCUUCCUUAAAAUUGUUUUUGUGCUCAUUAUUUUUCCCUGUCUGCACUGGAAUGAAAAAACCGUUACCUCCUUGUCGAUCUUUGUGUGAACAAAACCGUAAGGACUGUGAACCACUUAUGCGGGGUUUUCACUUUGAGUGGCCAGAAAUAAUGAAUUGCGAUCGUUUCCCAGAAGAUUCGUUGUGUAUAGCUGAAAAUAAGACAGAAAAACGGGUUUCUAAGGAACCUUCGUUCGUGUGCCCUGUUCAUAUGAGAGUUCCUCCGAGUUUCGAAUUCCGGAUAAGAAUGAGCAGGAAUCAAAUCAUUCAAGACUGUGGAAUUCCUUGCGGUGAUUUCCUUUUUGGCGAUUCGUCUUCCAGGAAAUUUUCUCGCUUGUGGAUCGGUCUCUGGAGUUUCUUGUGUGCAGCGUCCACGUCAUUUACAGUUCUCACCUUCCUCAUUGAUAUGCCUCGAUUUCAGUACCCCGAGAGACCGAUAAUAUUCUUGUCAGCUUGUUACCUGAUGGUGGCUCUGACAUACGUUGCAGGUUUUAUUUUAAAUGAUGGUGUCGCUUGCUCUGGGCCUUUUCCAGCACCACAAUCUCUCAGUGGUCAAAUUGAAAUGCCGCGACUCGUUACUCAGGGAACAAAGUUUGAAGGAUGCAUCAUUUUAUUCAUGUUGCUUUACUUCUUUUCUAUGGCUAGUUCUAUUUGGUGGGUGGUUUUAACAAUCACUUGGUAUCUAGCUGCUAAAUGUCAUUGGGCACAUGAAGCUAUAUCACGUAAUGCACAGUAUUUACACUUUGCUGCAUGGGCUAUUCCAGCUGCUAAAACAAUUGGAAUAUUAGCUUUGGGAAAGGUUGACGGCGAUCCACUGUCUGGUGUAUGCUUUACCGGAUUAACAGAUCCAGUUAUACUGAGAGCAUUUUUAAUUGCCCCAUUAUGUUUGUAUCUUCUGAUUGGAACUUGUUUCCUGUUUGCUGGUUUUGUAUCAUUAUUUAGAAUUCGUACAAUCAUUAAAACUGGAGGUUCAAAAACUGAUGACUUAGAGAAAUUAAUUAUGCGAAUUGGUGUAUUUAGUUUACUGUACAUUGUACCAGCACUAGUAGUAAUCGCCUGUUAUUUACAUGAAUCUAGAAUGUCUGAAAAAUGGAUGCUUACAUGGUAUACAACUGAAGUAUGUCGUAAAGUGGAUCCUAAUCAACUAGCCGAUUCUAUAUGUCCUGGACAUUUCAAACGACUGGUUGAAGCCGGUAGUUCAUCCCGAUCAGACAAUUCCGAUAUUUCUGUUAGUCAAAAUAUAUUUGCCAAAAUAUCUGCAUUAGAAAAACCCGAAUUCGAGUUAUUUAUGAUUAAAUAUCUUAUGACAUUGAUUGUUGGUAUAACAAGUGGUGUUUGGAUAUGGAGUGGAAAAACACUUGUAUCAUGGAAACGUUUCUUCGCACGAGUUUUCCGUCGUCGUAGUUGUUGUGAUAACAAAAAUAUCGAUCUAACUGCUUCAAGUACGCGUUCCGGUCUUGUCGUAGCUAGACGAGGUGUUCAGUCGAAUGCUCUACCAACUGGUGUAACAUCAAAUCCUGGUUCUGUUCCCUUAUUAACACGUACAAUACAAUCAUCUCACCCAGUACAACCGUAUAUUUUCAGUCAGGAUACAACAACAACUACUAGUGGAUGGGCAUCAAGAGGUGCACCAUCUGGAGUAACUGCACCACCAGAUAUUUCGUCAACUCCCGUGAGUUAUGCUGCCCAACCUAACUGGUUAGCUGCUAGUCCAAAUUCAGUUCAGAUUAAUGCUGGCCUACAAACUGGUAUGAUAAAUACAAAUGCACAGAGUGUUGUGCCUACUAAUUCUGGUCUAGGCUUACUGUAGUUAUGAUGUGUGGUUAAUAUUUAUGAUCAGUGUACCUCUUUUCCAAGAGAAUAUAUAUCUUCCAUCACAAGUCCUACCAAUAUUUACAAUUGUUAUUAUUAUCUUGCCUGUAAAUUUACUUGGUAUCAUAUGACUCACUAAUUUACCCUUAUGAAUAUUACACUCGUAAGGAAUUUUAAUCAUUUGUUCCAUUUAAUUCUUCCAUCUAUACCUCGCUUUACAACAUGUGAAGUUAGUCAUCUAUCAUGAUGUCUAGUUUCUUUAUAACAAGUAGUAGCCUUGUAUGGCUUAUUAUCUUUCUCUGUGCUUUUCUAUAUGGUAACUAGUAUGAUAAAGCAAACUAAUCAUCCGAUUUCAUUUGUUUUCUGUGUAUUGUGAUUAAUGUAAAUUGUAGGAUAUGCAUUUACAUGUUUUGUUUUUCUUUAUACCUGUUUUCUUUACUUUCAGUAUAUAUAUAUAUAUAUAUAAUUUAUUUAUUUAUUUAUUUAUUACAAGAACGCGUUUGCAUCUGCCCUCUUCAUUUUAUGUACAAAUAUACACUUUGUGAAAGACGGUAAAAUAAAAUACCAUUACAGUAUGAAGCUACGGUAGAUAUCUGGUUUUCUCACCCUUAUUUUGUAUUUGCAAAAUUGCAUACAUACUGGAAUUUCUUUAAAUUGUUGUUUUAUAAUUACUUUUAAUCCAACCUAUAUGUAUAGGUUGAUGUAUGUGUUAUUUGAAAGUUUUUGUUUAAUUAACCUAAAGCAAUUAUCGAGUGGAAUUUCCAGAAAUUUGAAUAAUGGAGUCAACCACAGCUCACUUUUUAAUGAUCUCUACUUUUGCUUGAUAAUAUUAUAUUUUGUUGUAGAAUGUAGUUUUUUAUAAAUGCCAUCUUCCGGUUUUUCAAUAAUCCUUUGUUUACUUGGCUUUUAUUUUUUUCAUCUUCCUCACUUGUUUUAUUUUCUUGUUUGCGUCUGAUCACCACUUCUUGUUUAUUGUUUGAUGCUUCCAUCAAACAAAAAAGUGUUUACACUUCACCCCAUUGUUCUUUUCGCAAAUGCUUUCAACACAUAACCCGACUAGCCGUUAAAUAAACAAUUUUUAACGCUCUUUUUUAAAUGCUUAGUUUUUUUUGUCAAUUUUGUUGUAGAAAUAUUGUUCUUAGUUGCGUAUUUUCUAAGGUAGAUUAACCUCGUGUCGCUUAUAACCUAAGACGAAUAUGUUAACAGACUGAGCAUUCAAUUAAAUAUUUCCGGCAUCCGAUUACAUUUAAUAUGGUGGGAUAAUAUGACAUGUUCAUUUAAUAUUUUGCAUUAUUGGCAAUCAUCCAUACCAAACUGAUGAAAUGCUCAGAUAUUUGGUUGCUUGACAAGUCAUACUACUACACACCGGUUACACUUUAUUCGUUAACAUUAUUCACAGCACUGACUUUUUAACUUAAUUUUCCAUUUGAUUUCACGUCAAAAGUCAUACAAAAGCAAAACUAACUGUCAAUUAAUGAACAUAACCUUAUUCGGUCAAAUCAUCAUGCUGGAAAUACGUUUCUUAAAGCCUCUGUUUACGAUGAAUAAAAGGUUAUCAAACAAAAUUUCUGCCUAAUUUAACUAAUGCGUGCCG